AGGCGCUGGGAACGUGAGCGCCAGGACACGAGCUAUGGAGCUGCGCCGCGAGAGGACGCGCGUUUUACAGGGAGCUCGGCUUUGCAUGAGCCGCGCGGGCUGAACGCGGACGCCGGUCCUCGCCGAGUGAAACGAAGAAAGGCACGCGACUGGCCGCAUAACCCCACGCGGAUGUAAGAGGAUCUCGGUUUGUUCACCGCGCGGACGCUUCGUUUGCACGCGCAAAGACGGUCACCUGCGCGCGGACUGAGCCUCCGGAAGCCUGGAUCUGUCUUACGUAACGGGGCUUCGCGUGAGUCCCGGAGAGGAGACGAGAGUUCAGCACGUGUGGAACAAGAGACUAUACUUGGCAGAUGAACAGAAGCGAUUCAAGCGUAAAAAAGGAUUUCCUUCCAGCCGAACCUCUGAUGGGGCACAAAUGACAUCCAAACAGCUGCACUGCUGAGGCACGCCCACCAGACCACGCCCGCCAGACCACGGCCAGCGACACUGACUUCCAGCAAUUAACGGAUGUCAGUCUGUUUUGCAGCCCAGCGGGGUUUGACAAAUUAGAUUUAUUUUAUUUUAUUUUUCAUUUUAUUUUGUUUUGUUUUGUUUUUCCCACUGAACCUUGCUGUGGAAGUGCAAGCCGGGACAACAGAAGAAUGAACACACUGCGAGACCGAAACACGUUCACCGUAAAGGCAGACGUCAUAUUCCACGCAGCAAACCAUGACCCCUCGGGCCAGUCGAUCAUUCCCGAAGGGAACGACGAUGACUGUAUUCCGAGAGCAGCUGUUCUCGACACAGGAACGCCGCAGGGGCACCACGCUCUCUGCCAGCAGAGAUCCUGGGAUACGGUGGAAUUUGGAAGUCUGACUGAAACCGGAAGCUUGGGAUGCGGCCUAGCAGCGGGAAAUUCCCUUCAGGACGGCAGCUCAAGUGACAGUGGGUUUCAGGAACACCCUCAGUCGGUGGGAGGAGCUAAAGCGGAGAUGCUGGACCUCGUUGUUGGUCAUCCGAAUGAGGCGUUCAGUAAGAAUGGGAUUAAGGAAUGUUCCAGCGGGAAUGAAGUCUCCUGCAGUCUGGACGCGUCUCUCAAGACUAGGUUGGACACUGCAGAGGAGACUGAAGCCACAAAGAGUCUAAGUGAUGUCAGAAACAAGGAAACAAGGCGUUUGGAACAGGCGCUGGGUCAUUUUUUAGGUUCGGACACGGAAAGAAGAGGUGGUGUGGGGAGCCCGUACGGUGCUACGCAUGGACAGUCGGCGCCGGGGUUGGCUCAGGUCGUAAAGCACAGCGGUAAUGGGUUAGGAAGUACCCCAUCACUCAGAGAGCAGCCCGAUCUAGUCAUCGAAGUGGGGGGCCGGAAAAUCCAAGCACAUAAGUGUGUGUUGGCGGAGAAGAGUGACUACUUCAAAGCCAGGCUUUCGCGGGACAUUCUCAAGGUCAAAGGGGUGAACUACAAGACAUUGACGGUGUUGAUAGAUUAUGUUUACUCUUCCAAGAUGGACGUUAACAAGGAAAACGUCGUGGACGUCAUCACAGGGGCGAAAAUCCUGCAGAUGCCGUGUGCGGUGCAGGCCGCCGUGGACGGCGUGUCUUCACAACUCACGAGCGAAAACUGCUACGAGAUUCUAGCCAUCGCCAAAAAGCAACGUCUGAACACUCUGAAGGAGACAGCCUACCGCUUCAUGAGCGACAACUUCCUGCAGGUUCUGCGCGACCCCGCGGUGUACGGGCGCCUAACGGGCGCAGAGAGGGACCUGGUCCUCAGGAAACGCAUGGAGGGCGGUGCGUGCCUGAUGGCAGCCGAGAUCGAGGACGUGUUCGAGCGCGCUGGCAGCCGCCCCCCGAGCAGGAGCAACAGUCGCCCACAGAGCCCCCUGUUGGGCGCCUCCUUGGAGGAUAGCCACGUGAUCUACUGCUACAGCGAGGCCGCGCGGGACUGGCGCACGCUGACCGUCAUGCCCGAGGACGUCAGCACCAAAGGCUGCGGCAUCUGCUGCAUGUACAACUACCUGUUCGUGGCAGGCGGAAUCCGCGGCUGCAGCGAGAAGGCUAAGGCGUCGGACAGGGUGUUCUGCUACAACCCCGUGACGGACCGCUGGAGCGAGGUCCGGCCCAUGAGCCAGGCCAGAGCGCAGCUCAAGCUGGUGUCCGCGGACGGCUGCCUGUACGCCGUCGGCGGUGAGUGCCUGUUCACGGUGGAGAGGUACGACCCCCGCGCGGACCGCUGGACCGCUGUGGCGGCCCUGCCCAAGGGCGCCUUCGCCGUGGCCCACGAGGCCACCGCCUGCAACGGCGAGCUGUACGUAUCAGGCGGCUCGCUGUUCUACCGGCUGCUCAAGUACGACCCCAAGCGGGACGAGUGGCAGGAGUGUCCGUACAACAACAGCCGCAGGAAGUCGGCCGACAUGGUGGCGCUGAGGAACUUUAUCUACCGCUUCGACGUCGGCCGCGAGCUCGGCGUCGGCGUGUUCAAGUACAACACCAUCGUCAAGAUGUGGCAUGACUGCGCCGCCCAGCGCCAGGGGAGUUCGCUGCCCUUCAGGUGUGCCGUCCUGGGCAACUGUAUCUACUGCGUCAACAAGAACCAGACCCUGAAGUUCGUGGUGGAGGAGGACGGUGCACGCUUCGCCGAGGAACCUCUGAAGGCACCUCAGGAUGCUAAAGGGGUUCUGUUCCCCUUCGUGUUGAACCUGCCUGACAGGGGUGACCGAAAUGUGUGACGGAGAGGUUUUUUUUGUUGUUGUUGUUGUUUUGGGGGGGGUUUUUUCAUUGGGGGAAGAAUUGGAAGCGGAUGAAAGCAUGAUGGAGAAUCGCAAUCAAACACAAAGCUUUAUUUGGGAAACCUUUCUUUGCAGCUUGGUGGACGGACGCCUCCACAUAAAGCCUUGGAAGGACGUCUCUUCUGUCGCGGCGCGGAGGGACGUCGGCGGCGCGGUUUUCCAGUUGUCUGGCGGCACAAAAAAAUAUACGACUCACUGUCAUAAAACGACCACGAAGAGCACAGUGACACAGUUGUAAUAUCCCUUUUGCUUCUACGCAGAGCCUAUGCAAGUACAGCACAACGUUAUUAAGAUGAUGAAGUGCCAAACUGCACAAAAGAGAGAAUUAAAUGAGGGUAAUGUAGUGAAAAUAAUGUAGAAAAAUAAUCUAGGCCUUCUGGAUCGGUGAGUGAAUGCCUUUGAAAGCCCAGCCAUUGAAGCGUAACUCGUUAUCCCUGCGAAACGUCUGUACGCUGUUUCAGAGCACAAAGCACUUGAAUUUUCUCUCCUUUGGGCAGCACCGAGAAAAGACACAAAAGAUUUGUACAAGAGAACUGAGACGGUGUGAAGGUGCUCCACAACCUAAUUACUGUUUAGUUAAUGAAGUAUCAGCACUUAUUAGAUUACAACAGCAAGCCAGCAAAGUUCCUCGGCCACGGUUUUAUUGGUCUUCAGAGUGAGGUGGCUGUGUGUCUUAGUUACGUCAGUUCUUAUUCUAAGAGGAAAAAUGGCAAAAACUUGAGUGUUUGUCCGUUGUAAUAAAUGUUUAUGACAGAAUGGGAGUUUUAACAAAGACAACCAGGCUGACAGAGUGGUUUAAAGCACAAAUCUAAGAGGAUGACAGACGUUUCACUCUGUACUACGCACAUUCUCCGAGCUUGCUGGGUUGAGGUUCCAUAGUUCGGGAGAGAAUGACUCCUACAAAACUGAUAGAAGAGUUAAAGAGUUAUUUCCCUUCCACUCAGGUGGGCUACAGUCCCUGAAGACCAUGACUGGCUGUCACAUGCAGUUGUACUAACGUGAUAAACUAGCCUCACGGACGUGUGCAAACAGAGAUGUUGUGCACAUUUUAAAUGCUUCAGUAGUUUGCAAUAACAUAGUCAGGGGAGCAAUGGGGUGUGUGUGUGUGUGUGUGUGUGUGUGUGUGUGCUGUCCUGCCAAAAUUUAGCUUCUGCAUUCUGUUACUUUAACAGCUAAACUGGAGCCUGUCCUACAUUCUAGUUUUACUCCGAGUGCUUUAUUAAUUAACCUUCAUGCAGGCUGCAUCUCUUCAUAACAUUGCUACAGACAUUACGAGAGAGAUGGAUGGAUGGAUGGAGCGUCUGUCUCUCUGUCACUGGGUGCUCUAUGACUGUGAUUGGGAGCCUAAGACUCAGACAAAAAAAUGAAUGCGCAUACCUGCCUUGUUUAGUGUCAAGACUGCAAGCAUAUCUGUUUCUUUUAAGCAACCCAUGAAAAUCUGAUUAGGCGUUAAUCUGAUUAGGCGCUACUCUGAUUAUGCAUUAAUAUGAUUAGGUGCUAAUCUGGUUAGGCGUUAAUCUGAGUAGGCACUAAUGUGAUUAGGCGUUAAUAUGAUUACACAUUAAUAUGAGUAGGUGCUAAUAUGAUUAGGCGUUAAUCUGAGUAGGCGCAAAUCUGAUUAGGUGUUAAUCUGAGUAGGUGCUAAUCUGAUUAGGCGUUAAUCUUAUUAGGCAUUAAUCUGAGUAGGUCCGAAUCUGAUUAGGCGUUAAUCUGAGUAGGCGUUGCCCAAGCGUAGACUUUAUAAUAGCUUCCUUUUGGGUUUGUAAUGGCUACACAGUACAUAUAUGACAGCUGUAUACGACACUAUAUCACUACGUUAAACCGUCUGGUUUUCCUUUAUAUUCCCAUGUCUCGUUUGCAUUAGGACAGUAAUCUGGGGUUUACACGGGGGUUCCGAGGCUGCGACCGGAGCCAUGUGUCCAUGUGUCCAUGUGUCCAAAACAUACCUGCGAGUUUCUGACACACGGAAGCUGCCCUCUGCCGAGAGAGCGACAGCUUCUGGUUUGCAUGUGCGGCAGCUCUUAUAGGUGGUACAGUGCUGGCGGCCUCUACUGGGCCACAGAGACGCGCCAGAGUGUGACGUGGACGUGCUUCUGGAGUGUGAAAUGCUUGAUUGGUUUAGGUGGCGUGUGACUCAAAGCUUUCUAACUGGAUUUGUUUAACUGUCUAACAAAUGUGUUUCAGUGCUGAAAAUAAAUAGUUUGGAUUA